AUGAAGGCCACCUUCUUCGGCAUUGUCGCGCUUUUAGCAUUGGGUAUCGAUGCAGGAAAACCUCGAACUCGCUAUGUGAAGGCGAGACAGUCCAUUCAAAAGGCCAUCGAUGCUGCAUCACCAGGAGACUGUAUCCAUGUGGCCAAGGGCACCUAUAAUGAGCAGCUCCUCAUCAAGAAAGAUGGCAUAACUUUGAUCGGACACGACGCCCAGCUUGCACCCCCAUCGUCUUUCAAGACCAAUCCCUGCACCGGCGUGAUGGGACCCGACUCGCAAGCAGGAAUCUGUAUCGCAGGCAAGGGAAUUGUCCUCGACGAGUUCAUCGGUAUCGAGCAUCGGAAGGUCCGUUCCGUGCAGAAACCUGUCAAGGGUGUCUCGGUGUCAGGCUUCAAAGUCCGUGACUUUAUCGGCGCAAAUAUCCUCGUCCUCGGCGCAGAAAAGACCCGUAUCGAUGCAAACAAGCUCGAAAAUGGUGGCAUCUACGGCUUCUUAGCGGCUGGGUCCAAGAAGACGACCAUCACAAACAACAAGAUCAAGAUGCCAUCAACUUUGGGCUUCAUCGCACUCUGUGUCGACGACUUCCGAGACGCCCAAGCCACCGGCAACCAUCUAUCGACAUACGGCAUCGGUCUCUGCGUUCAGACCAAUGGUGCACAGCUCCGUAAGAAUUUCAUCACGAACAGUUGUGCCGGUGCCUUCGUCGACCCAUUCACAGACGGUGCGGUGCUCAGCGAAAACACGAUCGAAAAACCCUUUCCAAAUUGUCCAAAUGGUACGGUUGGAAUUAUCAUCGACGGGGCUACCAACACAAAAGUCACCAAGAAUAUCAUCAAAGAUCAGGUUGCGGCCGCGGGUCUUGUCAUCGUGGAUGACCCUUGCACAGGGGGCGGUCUUGCUUGCAGUACUAGGCCUGGACAGGCCGCUAUUGCGUCGAACAAUGUGGUCAAAGAGAACGUUUUCCAGAACAAUGCAUUUGAUAUCUUCAUCAAUUCUACUGGAACUGGUAACGUUGCAGUCAGGAACCAGUGCACGUCGCCGCCGGAUCUUUGUGCAGCGAAUUGA